AUGAGGAUCUCUGCCGGCUUAAUGAUCGGCGGAUCCUGUGUUGCGACGGCGGGGACUGUUCUGAAUGCAUUCCUCAUCAAUAAGCAGUUUUAUCCAUCGAUUGUGUAUCUGACGAAGAGCAAUGCCAGUAUGGCGGUAUUGUAUUUUCAAGGUCUCGUCUUAGUUUAUUUAUUGUUUCAACUCGUCAGAACAAUAUUCUUUGGCGAUUUACGUGCCGCCGAAUCUGAGCAUUUGUCCGAACGAACGUGGCACGCGAUUCUCGAAACUUGUCUAGCGUUCACCGUUUUCCGAGAUGACUUCUCAUCGGUGUUCGUCAUGCAAUUCGUCGGAUUAUUAUUUGUCAAAUGUUUCCAUUGGCUUGCCGAUGAUCGAGUUGAUAUGAUGGAACGAUCCCCUGUAAUCACUCUCAAAUUUCAUUUGAGAAUGCUAUCUGUUCUAUCAUUUCUCGGAUUUUUGGAUUCAUUUCUUGUUUCACACGCCUAUUUCACAACGGUCAAUAAAGGGCCAAGCUCGCAAAUUGUUUUUGGUUUCGAAUAUGCUAUUUUAUUGACAAUGGUGAUUCAUGUUACCACCAAAUACUUGAUACAUAUGCAUGAUUUGCGUACUGCUCAAUCUUGGGAGAACAAGGCCUUCUACUUGCUAUUUGCUGAACUAUUAAUAAAUCUAAUCCGUUGUUGCUUGUAUGGAGCAUUCGCUGUGAUCAUGCUCCGGGUUCACACGUUCCCAUUGUUCUCGGUUCGACCGUUCUACCAAUCGCUGAGAACUCUUCACAAGGCAUUCAGUGACGUGAUUUUGUCGAGAAGAGCCAUUAACGCGAUGAACAACCAAUUCCCUGUUGUUACCGCGGAAGAAUUGACCGCGAUGGAUGCCACGUGUAUAAUUUGUCGUGAAGAGAUGACAGCUGAAUCGCGACCCAAACGUCUUCCAUGCUCGCACGUCUUCCACACCCAUUGCCUUCGCAGUUGGUUCCAGAGGCAACAGACGUGUCCGACGUGUCGAACCGAUAUUUGGUCUCGUCUUGGAGCUACUGCUGCAUCAGUGGCCAACAACGCUGCUGCUGGUGCUCCAAACGCACAAGCUGGCGAUCCAAAUGCUCAACCGGCGGCUCAACCUCAUGUUUUUCCAUUCAACGGACAUCAAUUCGCGUUCGCCGCGAAUUUCGUUCAACAGGUGCCACAGCAAGGAGGUGCACAAGGACCAUUCCCUCACAAUAUUGUCUAUAUUGCACCGCCAGGAAAUCGACCAGAUAAUAUGCCACCACCACCUCCUCCACCACCAGGAUUCCCCAUGUUCCCGGGAUUUAUGCCACCACCUCCGCCGUUUGUUAUGCCAACCCUUCCUGAUUAUGGUGGAAUGACCGAUGAAGAGCUGACGGCUUUGGAGGGAACGAGACGUGAAGCGGUUGUUGCACGACUUCGUGCUUUGGAUGAUAUUAUGACUUUGAUUGAAGCUGCGCAAAUUCAGAUGGCGCAGCUCAAUUCACGAGCACCACCAAUUCCUCCAAGGCCUGAACCUGCGCAACCGGAAUCGAACGGAGCUUCUACUGAUCAACCAUCGGUUAGUUCAGGAACUCGCGCAGCGCCAGAAAUUCCUACGUCAUCCACCUCUUCGGCUCCAUCGACAUCACCUGUAGUUGUUCCAACGACAGCGCCAUCAGUUUCCCCAACGCCUUCUACAGCACCGACCAGUUCCACUGAACUUGGUGCUGAACGAUCAACAACACCGACUCCGAAGUCACUGUUCCGCAAUUCCUCUUCUUCGUCGAACACCCUUGGAACGACGUCGUCUCCAACGGACUCGCCGUCGACAAGCGGCAUUCUUUCGAAUUCUCGAACUCCUGACGCCGAAGAAUUGAGACAAAGACGAUUAGCGAGAUUUGAGCGGCAAAGUCAAAACGGGGGAUCACCAACGCCGCAAUAA